CCCAGCCAUGAGCGCCCCGCCGUACCCAGAGGAGAGCUGCUCCGAGCGGGCCGACUGCAAAAGUAAAUCGCCAACUUUGCUCUCCUCCUACUGCAUCGACAGCAUCCUGGGCAGGAGGAGCCCCUGCAAGAUGAGGCUGCUGGGGGCGGCCCCCAGCCUGCCGCCUCUGCCCAGCCGGGCCGAGCAGGACAAGGCCGGGCCAGGCCCCGCCAAGGGCAGCCCGCAGGGCUUCGAAGCCGCCGAGCUGCACCUGCCGCCCAAACUGCGCCGCCUCUACGGGCCCGGCGGGGGCCGCCUGCUGGCGCGGCCCGAGCGACCCGAGGCGGCCGCCUCGUCCUGGGACUCGCUGAAGAUCAGCCAGGCGCCACAGGUCAGCAUCAGCCGCAGCAAGUCGUACCGGGAAAACGCGCCCUUCCCGCGGGCCGCCGCAGCCCUCGAGGAGCUGGCCAGUCCCGGAGGAGGAGGAGGCGGGGGCCCCGACGGGCGAUCCCGCCGGGACGAGGAUCUGCUGGACGACGAAGACGAGGAGGACGAGGAAGAAGACGAGGAGGACGAAGAGGAGGCCGAGGAGCUGGACGAGGAGCUCGACGACGACGACGAGCUGCUGGCCGAGGCCAAGGAGGCCCGGCGAGGCGCUGGGGGUCCGGUCGGGGGAGGCGCUGGGCAGGGAGCCGCGCCGGGGCCCGAGGGCACCGAGGGCUCGCCCAAGGAGGAGCUGCUGCUGCCCGCCGACGAGCUGGCCGAGGGCAAGGACGGCGAGGACAGUGUGUGCCUCUCGGCGGGCAGCGACUCCGAGGAGGGGCUGCUCAAGAGGAAGCAGCGGCGCUACCGAACCACCUUCACCAGCUACCAGCUGGAGGAGCUCGAGAGGGCCUUCCAGAAGACGCACUACCCGGAUGUCUUCACCAGGGAAGAGCUGGCGAUGCGCCUGGAUCUGACCGAAGCCAGAGUGCAGGUGUGGUUCCAGAACCGGAGAGCCAAAUGGCGGAAGAGGGAAAAGGCCGGCGCUCAGAGCCACCCGCCCGGCCUGCCUUUCCCUGGUCCCCUGUCGGCAUCUCACCCGCUCAGUCCCUACCUUGAUGCUAGUCCUUUCCCUCCUCACCACCCAGCUCUCGACUCCGCCUGGACGGCCGCCGCCGCCGCCGCUGCCGCCGCCGCCGCCUUCCCGAGCCUGCCGCCUCCUCCUCCGGGCUCGGCAGCCUUGCCCCCCAGCGGCACCCCGCUAGGCCUCAGCACUUUCCUGGGAGCGGCUGUGUUCAGGCACCCCGCCUUCAUCAGCCCCGCCUUCGGCAGGCUCUUCUCCACCAUGGCGCCCCUGACUAGCGCUUCCACCGCGGCCGCCCUGCUGCGCCAGCCGGCUCCGGCGGUGGAGAGCGCCGUGCAAUCCAGCGGCCUCUCGGAUCCCGCGACGGCCGCGGCGGACCGGCGCGCCUCCAGCAUCGCGGCGCUGAGGCUGAAAGCGAAAGAGCACGCGGCGCAGCUCACGCAGCUCAACAUCCUCCCCGGGAACAGCACGGGCAAAGAGGUGUGCUAAGAGGCCCGGCGGGCCGGCCAAGCCAAGACCAAAUGG